GUUUACAUCUUUUCAAGUUGAAAGAAUUUUUUUUAAUUUUCAUUAAUUAUUUAUAAUAGACAUAAAUUAAGAUUAGAAAAAUGUCCUUAAGUGAAAGUUGUGCUAAGGCACUCUCAGAUAAAACCUAUGAAAAAAGAAAACUUGCAGCGCAGGAAGUGGAAAAAAUGAUUGUUGAAUUCAACAGAAGCAAGAACACUACACAGAUAAAAAAGUUGAUUGAAACAUUUGCUAUUCAGUAUUGUAUUAGUAAAGAUCCAAAUAAGAGAAAGGGCGGUUUAAUUGCAUUGGCAAGCUGUGCGAUUGCUUUAGGACCAGAUGCGGGUGGAUAUAAUAAUGAACUUCUUACUCCUGUUCUUAAUUGUUUAAUGGACCCUGACACUAAAGUCCGCUACUUUGCUAGUGAAAGUCUCUACAAUAUCGUGAAGAUCUCUCGCCAAGCUAUCAUCCCAAUGUUCCCGGAAAUUUUUUCCGCACUUUCUCGAUUAGUUGCAGACACUGACGCGGCUGUGAAAAAUGCGUCUGAACUUCUCGAUCGAUUAAUGAAAGACAUCAUCACCGAAAAUUCACAAAUCUUUGAUUUACCAUCAUUUGUGCCUUUGCUUCGUGAACGUGUCUUAACAAAGAAUUCUUUCGCUCGUCAAUUUCUCAUCUCAUGGAUUUCCAUUCUAAAUGCAGUUCCUGAAAUUAACAUGCUUCACUAUCUCCCAGAGAUUCUCGACGGAAUAUUUCAGAUGCUUGAAGAUCAAGCAUUCGAAAUUCAAAGAAUGUGUGAAACACUUUUGCUUCAAUUCCUUAAGAACAUCAAACAUGAUCCAUCAGCUCUCAACCUUCCAAAGAUGACAAACAUUCUCAUUUUGCACGCUCAAAAUGCCAACAAUGAGUUGAUUCAAUUGACAGCAUUAACAUGGUUGAGAGAGUUUCUGAAUAUUUCCGGUGCUGGAAUGUUAUCAUAUUCAAGUGGGAUCUUUUCAGCUUUUCUUCCUUGUCUAGCAUAUGAAACUGAUUCAAAAAAGAAUAUCAAAGAAAAUGCGAUGAUUGUGAACAAUAUUAUGCUUGAUUUAGUCUCAUCUAAUGAGAAUCGAAGCGCUCUUUCAAGCCUUGAUCUUGAAUCAGUCAUGGAGGUGCUUAAGAUGUAUCUCGUGCAAAGCUCAGCUACUAAAGUCAAUGCACUUCGAUGGAUUCAUCAUUUAUUCUCGGAAGUACCUGACGAGAUGUCACAACAUGCCAACAAUUUAUUUCCUGUUCUUCUCAACAUUCUCAACGAUACUUCAGAUGAAGUUGUGCUUGAAGGUUUGAUUGUGAUAGCAGAUAUUGUGAAGUCGGCAAAAGAUAAUGACUCGGAUUUCAACAAAACGAAAUACCGAGAAUUUCUUGAAAGUCUUUUGAAGUUGUUUAAAGAAGAUAAAGAUUUUUUGGAAAAUCGUGGAGCUCUCAUCAUUAAGCAGCUUUGCGCGCUUCUUAAUGCUGAAUACAUUUAUCGAACAUUUGCUGAAAUCAUGUCAAAAGACAAUGAAAACUUAAAGUUCACAUCUAUCAUGGUUCGGAAGCUAAACACAAUUUUAUUUACUUCAUCGGAGCUUUUCGAAUUGAGAUCGACAUUGCGUGAUAUUAAAAAUCCAAAAUCAGCGAGAUUGUUUGAAUGUCUUUACUUAUGUUGGGCUAAUUGUCCAGUGUCAACAAUCUCACUUUGUUUACUUGCCAAUUGCUUUGAACACGUCUCAACACUUGUCAUCCACUUUGGAAACUUAGAAAUUACUGUUGAUUAUCUCGUUGAAAUUGACAAACUCAUUCAGUUGAUUGAAUCACCGAUUUUUGCUGCUUUACGUCUGACUUUGAUAUCGAAAACAAAAGAUUCGGAGAAUCUUUCAAACGCUCUUUACGGAAUUUUGAUGUUGUUACCUCAAACUGAAACAUUCCACUUGCUUAAAAAUCGACUUCAAUGCAUUCCAGUUUCAUCUUCUUCUGCUGGCUUGGAAUUCAAAUCCAUUGAAAGUCAAAGUGGAAUCGACUUUAAUAAGCUCAAAGAACAUUUCAUUAAAGUACAGAAAAAUCAUCAACAAAAGCGAAGAAUGAGUGUGAGAAAUUAGUCAUGCGGGGAUGAUCACAAUAUAUUUACAUGAAAAUUGUAACAUAAAUUUCACUUGACAGUUCAUGAACUUACGAAUAAAUAAAUA